CGAAGAGGUUGGCUAAAACAUAUGCCCAGCCUAUCAGCCACGCGUACACGUCAUCUGGCCUAAUGCCGGACCUUCUGAUUUAAAAUAUUUACAUAUUUAGCCUAUAGUACAUACAUUCGUUUAAUUUCACACUAAGCAGAGUAUGGCUCCCGUAUAUGACCGGCCCGGGGUUUUCUUCACCGAAUAUCUGAUCCGGGGUGCCAGAGCCGCCGUGGUAGCAGCCGGUCCGGAGGUAGCCAAACUCGCUCGCCGAGAUACCAUCUCCCGUCGCGACCUAACCGUCACCAGCGACGCCCAAAAAGUUACGCUUGGCAUAAUCGCCGCCUACGUCGUUAUCAUUGCCAUUCUAUGGAACGUACCUUAUGUGCGAUGGUCGUUAUGGCCUUUCAAAAUGCUUGUCAUUGCUUUUCAUGAGUUUGGACAUGCCAUAACCGCUUGCUGCACGGGUGGGCGCGUCAAGUCUAUCUCACUCGACCCGCGUGAAGGAGGUGUCACUCAUAUGGUCGGUGGAAAGAGUGCUAUCACAUUACCGGCCGGCUACCUGGGGUCUUCGCUCAUCGGCGCCCUGCUUAUAUUCUGCGGCUUUGACAUUGUCGCAAGCAAAAUCGCCAGCCUGGUAUUAGCCGCCUGUUUUCUGUUGACUCUCUGGUGGGGUAAGAAGGAUUGGCUCACGAUCUUAACUAUCUUGCUUGCGGUUGGGCUUCUAGUAGCUUGCUGGUUCAUAGUCCAUGCUGAACCGCUGCGAUUCGUCGUGCUUUUCAUCGGCGUCAUGAGUUGUCUGUACAGCGUCUGGGAUAUUUGCGAUGACUUGAUCCUCCGCAAAGUCAACAGCUCCGAUGCUAGCGUUUUUGCCCAGCGCUACGGCGGCUCUUCUCAAUGUUGGGGUGUCAUAUGGUCUAUCAUUUCUGUCUGCUUCAUGGCCGCAGGCAUUAUUGCAGGCAUUGCUGCAUUCCCGCAAUCGUUCGCGCAACAAGAAGAAGAUUCCAAAAACUUCCUCCCGACCCGUUAGAUGCAGCCGACGGUGAAACUGAACGGCUUUAGAGACAUGAAGAUAUACCUAGGUACUUAAUGAUUUGAUGAUCACUGGAAAUUCUCAGACUCUUUAUCACAUGGGAAACAUAGGGCGUACCGGUGAGGUUGAUAUUCUAGUUUGUUAUAGAUACCCUUUAUUACGAGAAAAAGGAUGAAAUAAUCCAUAUUAGCAUCAUUGUCAUUAUUAUCAUUAUUAUCGUAAAUAGUAUUCAUUCUUGCAA